CAGUAAACGUCACUGUGCGCGGGUCUUUGGUCCUCCAGACGUGACACGUGCUCCCGCCUGGCCUGGGGAGGCUCUGGCAGCUUCCAGUGUCGGAAGGGAGGGGACCCCGGCCGCGGCAAGGCGGGCGGAGAGGAGGGUGGACCCAAUGCGGGGCGGGGGGCCACCUUUCCCGCCCGUCCGCUGGGGUGGAAGAGCCUGGUGCGUGGUCCUUUCUGUCUGGGGAAAGCUUUCAGUGAGGCGGGCUUUGGGACUGGGGAAGAGGAGCUCUCUGAGCUCGCAGGCUCCUGCUGAGAGCCUCUGCGUGGCUCCCUCUUCCGCAUCGGGAAGCUCAGCUCUACAGCCAGCGGCCCAGGCUGCCCGAGUCUCAGUUCAUGACUUGCCUGGGCCUGCUCUCCUUGGCUCUUUCCAAUUCUUCUGUCCAAUUUCUUGGCCUCACCCUCACCCCUGGCCUUUUUCUUCCCUGCAGUGCCCAACGCAGCUCGGCACUGGUGCCUCUGUUUGCACCUGGGCUCCACAAGGCCCCACGGGGCUCCACAAGCGCUUUCAUCUGGUUCUUGUUAUAAAACGGGCUGCCCUUUGCCUCUGCAGCCAUUCCAGAGGCUGUCCUGUGGAUCGUGGUAUUGGCAGGAGGAGGGCCCCAAUCAGAUGGAUUUGGAAGAAGCUAACUUAAAUAUCAUUUAGCCAGUGAUGUUCGUCCCUUUAAUGUGCCACGUGCAUUGCCAAACCCGAAAACAGCUACAGCAUCUCCCAAACUUGGGUGGUCAUGGAACUUCAGUGUUGUGUUCCUUUCUCUGUACUUUUCCUGAUUAUCACCACAAGGGCCUUGUUGGACUCACCAUGAAUUCCAUCUUGAAUCGUUAUAUUUCCCAGGGGUUCAUCUCAUGGUGGCAAUGGCAUGACAGCUCCAGCCUCAGGGCCCCUCCUGGAAUGCCCCCCUGGAAUGGAGUUCAGUAAACAUUUGUUCAUAAAAUGAUGAACUGUAAAGUACUGGGUUGUGAUUUGGCAUCUCUGCAUUACAUGUUUCUAGAUAUGGAUCAAAAACUUCCAAAGUUGGUAGAAGAGCUCACAACUUCAGGAGAACCCCAGCUGAAUCCCGAGAAAAUGAAGGAACUAAAGAAAAUUUGCAAGUCUUCAGAGGAGCAGCUGUGCCACGCCUACCACCUGCUGAUGAGCCAGCUGAACCAGGAGCAUGCCGAGAUCCGCCUCUCUGCCUUCCAGGUGGUAGAUGCACUCUUCGCCCGGUCGCAUCAGUUCAGGGUACUGGUCGUUUCCAACUUCCAGGAGUUCCUGGAGCUGACGCUAGGCACGGAUCACGAGCAGCCCCUGCCGCCUCCCAGGGAGGUGGCCCAGAAGCUGCGGCGGGCUGCCAUCCAGGCUGUCGAGAGGUGGAACGAGAAGUACGGCGAGGCCUACAAGAAGCUGGCCUUGGGCUACCACUUCUUACGACACAACAAACAGGUAGACUUUCAAGAUGUCAACGCUAGGACCUUGGCAGAAAGAAAGAGAGAGGAAGAGAAGCAAAAACGCUUGGAUAACAUCUACAGAGAGCGAGCCAAGCAGGCCGAAAGGGAGAUGGAAGAACUGUCUGAAGAAAUCCGAUCCUGCCUGACGGAAGUGGAGAACUGCUUUCAGCUGUUAGUGCCCUUCGACUUGGCCACUGGCCCGGGGGCCACCUGCCCUGUUGUGGCCCCGAGGGUAGCUGCUGAGGAUGCCCCUCCCUCCUCGAGCCUCGGCCCGGCCCCCCCUGGCCCCCAGGAUGAGGAGCAGCCCUGUUGCAGCAGAGCCCUGCCUGCCUUUCCACGCUGCCUGGGAGCCAUCGGCCGUGGAGAGGCAGAGGCAGCCCCGGGGGACCUGUCAGAGGAGGAGCACGAGGACCACCUGGAAGAGUUCAUACGGAGCCACGGGCUUGGCUCGCACAAGUACACGUUGGACCUGGAGCUCUGCUCAGACACCCUGCGGGUGCAGGAGGAUGAAGACAACAGCGCCGUUGUGCACAGCACCCGGGACGCGCUCAAGCUCAUCCAGAACAAGUUCCUGCCGUCCGUGUGCUCCUGGGUGCAGCUGUUCACCCGCGCAGGGAUUCACGACCAACGGCUGAAGUGUGCCAUCGAUCUUAAGACGGAGCUGGAAGUCGCUGUGAGGAAGUAUGAGGAGCUUAACAUCAAGCCUCAGGAAGGAUCCAGAAGGCUGACGGCAGCCCUAGGGGAUGGGAGCGAGGACGAGGACGAGUUUGUGGAGGUUCCGGAGAAGGAGGGGUAUGAGCCCCACAUCCCUGACCACCUUCGGGCAGAAUAUGGGCUAGACCCAGCAGCCCCUGUCCAGACUCUGGAGAAAGACCCUCUGGGGGGGUCCAGUGCUCACGGCUUGCAUGCAAGGACAAGAAUGAGAAGGGAUGAGGAGGCUUCGGACCCCACCUCUGCUGCCGCCCAGCUACGGCUGCUCCAAGCUCAGCUGCCCCCGCCCUCACCCACCAGCUCCUCCAGGGUGCUGCUGGGGCCGGACGAGGCCCAGAAGCUGGCAGCAGAGCGAGCCCGGGCACCUGUGGUGCCCUUCGGGGUAGACCUAUGCUACUGGGGCCAGGAGCAGUCGGCGGCCGGGAAGAUUCUCAAAGCGGACUCUCAGCAUCGCUUCUGGAAGCCCAGCGAGGUGGACGAGGAAGUAGACAACGCGGACGUCUCGGAGAUGCUUCGCAGCCGCCACAUCACCUUCGCAGGGAAGUUCGAGCCGGUGCAGCACCAGUGCCGCGCCCCUCGGCCUGACGGCCGGCUCUGUGAGCGCCAAGACCGGCUGAAGUGCCCCUUCCACGGGAAGAUUAUCCCCCGAGAUGACAGGGGGCAGCCCCUCAACGCGGAGGACAGGGCCCGGGAGCAGAGGCAGCAGCUGCAGAGGCAGGCGGAGCGCCCGGAUUGGCAGGACCCAGAGCUUCUGAGAGACGUUGAGGCUGCCGUGAAGGCAGACCUCGGCUCAUCCCGGUACAGCGGAAAGGGCAAAGGCAAAGGGAAGAGGAUGAAGUACCCCAACCUCACCGAUCUGAAGCGGCAGGCAGACACGGCCCGGGCACGCAUUGGGAAGAAAGUUUUCGACAAGGCAGCUGUGCGGAGGGUCGUCUCAGCCAUGAACCAGAUGGACCGGAAGAAACAUGAGAAGUUUGCAAACCAGUUUAAUUAUGCACUGAAUUAAAAGGCUGAGCCCAA